AACGCUCUUGUUUCCUAUUCUGCAGUUCCACACACUGGCGCGUUCAUGAUCUCUCACAAGCUCUCCUCCUACCUCUCCGUCACCAUACUCAUUUGCUUCUUCCUUGCGCCGCUCGCCUCUUGCGACAUGUUAUGGCAAGACUGUGUGGAUAACUGGAACUACACGGUGAACAGCACCUACCAAUCCAAUCUAAAGCACCUCUCCACCACCCUCCCAAAGAAGGCUUCCUCAUCUCCCACACUCUUCGCCACGGACUCUGCCGGCACUGUCCCGGACACCGUCUACGCUCUCACGCUCUGCCGUGGUGAUGCCAACGCCUCGAUCUGCGCCGCCUGCGUUACCAACGCCUUCCAGGACGCGCAGCAGGUGUGCGCGUACAGCAUGGACGUGACCGUCUACUACGACCCCUGCUACCUCCGCUUCUCCAACCAGAAUUUCAUGGCCUCCGUCAUCAACAGCAAGCAGCACAUCAUGCCCAACGGGGAGAACGCGACCUCACCCGCGGCCGCGUUCGACUCCGCCGUGGGUGUUCUUCUAAACGCUGUGGUGGAUUACGCGGUGCUGAACUCGUCCUCGCGGUUCGGCACCGGAGUGGAGGACUUCGACAAGAGCAACCCAAGCAUCUAUGCGCUAGCACAGUGCACGCCGGACAUGUCGCCGGACGACUGCCGGGCCUGCCUCGAUCAAAUAGUGAAGGUGAUGCCGAAGCAUUUCAGCGGCAGGCAGGGAGGGAGGAUUCUGGGGUUGCGAUGCAACUACCGGUUUGAGCUAUAUCCUCCCUUCUCCGGCAGUCCGAUUCUGCACCUCCCAGCCCCGGGCCCGGUUGUCACACCAUCGGUGGACGGAGGAGGAUCGAGAAUUAAAUCAAGUACUAUCCUAGCCAUUGCAUUGGGUAUAGUUUCUUCAGCAUUGACUUUCACCUUAGUUUGCUUUUGUGUCUGGAGCAGGAGAAAACAACAAGGAUUACUACCAUAUUUGUCUAACACAGAGAGCAUGCAACACAUUAAUUUACUUGUGCUUGAUCUGUCCAUACUGAAAGUUGCGACGGAGAACUUUGCUGACAGAAAUAAGCUUGGAGAAGGAGGGUUUGGUGCAGUUUACAAGGGAACUCUUCCUGAUGGCCAACAAAUAGCAGUAAAGAGGCUCUCACAAGGUUCAACACAAGGAAUAAGGGAGCUAAAGAAUGAGCUUGUUUUUGUUGCUAAGCUUCAUCACAAAAAUCUUGUGAGGCUUGUCGGGGUUUGCUUGGAGGAACAAGAGAAAGUUGUUGUCUAUGAAUACAUGCCCAACAGAAGCCUCGAUACAAUUCUCUUUGAUCCUGAGAAGAGCAAGGACCUUGAUUGGGGGAACAGGUUCAAAAUAAUAUGCGGAAUUGCCCGAGGUUUACAAUAUGUUCAUGAAGACUCUCAAUUGAAGAUAAUCCACCGAGACCUCAAGGCAAGCAAUGUUCUGUUAGACUUGGAUUUGAAUCCAAAAAUUUCAGAUUUCGGUUUGGCAAGACUAUUCGAAGAAGAUCAAACAAGGGAUGUUACCAACCGCGUUGUUGGAACAUUUGGAUACAUGGCUCCAGAAUACGCCAUGCGCGGGCAUUAUUCCAUCAAGUCUGACGUGUUUAGCUUUGGCGUUUUAGUUCUAGAGAUCAUAACAGGAAGAAGAAACUGUGGCUCCUACAAUUCCGAGGAGUCCUUUGACCUCUUAACUCUUAUAUGGGAGCACUGGACCAAUGGAAGAAUUCUGGACAUAGUUGAUCCGUUCCUUAGCAGUUUCCCUGAAGAUCAGGUACUGACAUGUGCUCAGGUCGGGAUGCUAUGUGUUCAAGAGAACCCAACAGAUAGACCGACGAUGUCAGCGGUGAAUGUCAUUCUUAGCACAGACGCUUCCUCUCUCCAAGCUCCGUCCAAGCCGGCAUUUUGCAUUCGGGAGAUCAGCACUGAUCCAGAGCAAUACCAAGCAGUUUCUAGAGCCACCCGCAAGCCAGCAGUUGUGACACCAAACGAGGUGUCGCUCACAGAACUUGAGCCGAGAUAAGAACUUGCUUUGAACAGAGGAAUUAUGAAACAAGUUUUAUAUUUUUAGGUAAAAAGAUUCUUAUAUCAUUAAGCUAAUGAAAAUAUCUUGGUCUCUUCAUGACAACA